CCGAAUUCAUGCACAAUUCUUGAUGCACUGAAAUGUGUAAAUUAUUACACAUGCUCAUAUGGAUUUCAUUCUGAUGAAAAUGGAUGUACAACUUGUAAAUGCAAGCUGCCACGAUUUUGUCAUCCUCUUCAAGAAAAUUGUGGUCUGAAUUGUCGGAAUGGACUUGCAACUGAUCAGAAUGGAUGUGAAGUAUGCAGUUGUAAAUUAUCUAUUGAUAAUUGUACAGAAGACGUUACCUUUUCAACAUGUCCACUCAAUUGUCCAUUUGGUCUGGCUACUGACAGUGUGGGAUGUGACAUAUGCAAAUGCAAGGUUCCAGGAACCAUUGUUGCAGCGAACGUAGCAUUGACAAUGGGACUUGGAGCAUCCUCUUCCAUGAGCAGACCCCUUUACUGGAUCCCUACAGUGAAGUGCCCCACCCUAGCUGCCUGUGCAUUGUCAUGUGACCAGGGCUAUGCCACCGAUGAACAGGGGUGUACAGUUUGUCGCUGUGUUACAGAUGAAUCACUAUGCUUGCCACAAUUCACCACAAAUGAGUGCCCAAUAAUGGAUCUUUGUCCAUAUGGCUUAGCAACUACUAUCACCGGGUGUCCUAUCUGUAAAUGCAGGCAACCAACUCCUUGUCCUGCAGCUGUACCAAUUUUCUGCCGUAAUUCGUGCCCACAUGGCUUUGCUUCCGACAGUUUUGGAUGUCCUGCAAUUGCGUCAUGUGAUUGCAUAAGACAAGCAAAUGACCCACUGUGUCAUCCAGAAGUUAUACAGAACUGCAGACGGCAUUGUUUCCAUGGUUAUGCAACAGACGGCAAUGGCUGUGAAAUCUGCAGAUGUCGUAUGCCGUUUACCCUUGGGGCAUUCUUCUCGAUUGCUGCUCCUGUUUUCAAUGUCUAUUGGCAGGAGACCAGCCACCCUCACAUGCCGUAUUCCGAGACCUCUUUGGUUCCAACCACCCACUGCCCCCUGGUAGACAGCAGAACAUGCCAGGAGGAUUGUCCAAAUGGUCUUGCCACAGACAUGGCAGGCUGUCCAGUAUGCAGAUGCAAGACACCGAGCGAUCGUUGUCCAAGGAUGGACCCAGUGAUCUGUCCCCAGGCUAAUUCUUGCCCUUUUGGGCUUGCUUCUGGACCGACAGGUUGUGAUAUCUGCAUAUGCAGAGAUGAAGUAUCUUGCGAGCCCAUCAACCAUCUAACCUGUUCAACUUCAUGUCCUCAUGGUCACAUGACAGAUGAAAAUGGGUGUCAGAUUUGUCAACAGUGUUCAAAACAUGCUGGAGAUUGCCCAGCAGUGGUUGACUGUGACAAACACUGUUUGUAUGGAUAUGCAACUAACAAUGAAGGAUGUCCAGUCUGCAGUUGUAAGCAACCAGCAAGUCAUUUUCCAUUGAGGAGUACAUUGAAAAGCAAACUAAUUUCUUCCUCUUUGACUACAAGAUGUCCUGUAGUGUCAUGUGAUCUACAUUGUCACCAUGGAUACCAAUUGGAUGCAAAUGGAUGUGGUGUGUGUGAAUGCAUUUUAGGUAAGUCAUAGAAAAAUCUCUAUAUUCCAUUGAAAAUCUUAUGUAAAUAUAUAUUUUUGUACAUGCAUAAUCUACAGAAAGCAGCCAUUGCUACUAUCACUUUUGUGUAAUAGUGUAAACAGCGUAACCAAGAUUGAUUUUAUAUUUUGCUGGAAAUUGUCUGAUACAGGGUCCCAUCGUAUAAAGAGUUACAAAAGUUAGCACAAAUGGCCCUGCCUGGGUUUUGACAUAUUACCGUCAAAUUUGCACAAAAAUAUCAAUGUGUAUCACUAUCAGUAUAUAUCUGAAAAAAUUGCAACGAGGUGUGCUUGAAGGGUUACCAUUAUGUCGCCAACAAAGUGCACAGAAGACGUGAUCGUCAAACAUUCCUUGUCUGUAAAAUUUUUCAACAAAAUAGUUCUUUGAGUUUUUUUUUGCAUGAAUUCACUGCUUUGCGAAGAUAUCCUCAAAUAAUUUCAACAAAUUUGAUUGUGAUCGAAAAAAGUUAAUGAAAAAAGUACCAUGUAGUGGACACUUAAAUAAAACUGAAUGAAUGGUAUUGAAUGAAUAUAUCUUUGGCAUUAUACAUGUAUGAAUAAUGUUAUACUUGUAAAAGGAAUAUGAAAUGAAAACAAACUUGGAUUUGAAUUGAAAAUGAAAUUUAUAUUAACAGAAUAUAAUGGAAAACUACUGCCCUAGUUAUCAUCUCUAUUCAAAUAGCACAACCCAUGCAAAGAACAUAAAGAAGUGCUGAAGUGCCUGUUUUUACCUCAGCCAAAGUACUGUCUGUAAUAAGUAUGUACUUGGGAUAUUAGGAACUUGUGACAUGGAGAUGGGUCUUUUAAGCUCUUUGCUGUGGGGUAAUAUUACAUGCUUGGCUAGUUUGCAUUCCGUGUGGACCACGUAAUAUUACGUGCUUACAACACUGUCCGAUUUAAGUGUCAGUAUCACGUUGUAAUACCCCUAUGGUGGAAAUAGCACAGGACUAUCAAAACUGCGGAUUUGGACAACAGAUGGCGCUAUAAC